AUGAGCCACCUUUGGUCCCAGGCUAGGCCUGAUGCUCAAUGGGUUCCUGUGGGCCCUCUUGCGCACUUCCCCGACGUUGGCGCCGAGGACGGCAAUCUAAUCCAGCCCAGGAACUGCGAAGCCGACGCCGCCAAGAGCCUGCCCGGGUGCCGCAUCUUGCUCAUCCCCAAGACCGAUCCUUCCCAGGCGGCCGAGAUUGCCAUUCCGCCCGGCGCGGCGACAUCGCCAAGCGAGGGCCAAGACUUGAAGGACCAGGUGGUGGUGUUUCGGUACCGCGACAAGGUGCACGCCCUCGACCAUCAAUGCCCGCACAACGCAUACCCGCUGUCCAAUGGGACACCCUUUGACAUUGAGGACUUUGGCGUUAUCCUCAGCGCCGGUCUCACCUGCCCAAAGCAUGGGUGGUCCUUUGACCUUUUUACUGGCCAGUCGGAUCGUGGCCUUUACAAGCUUCCUGUCUGGGAAGUCCAGCUCCGUGACGUCGACGGCAAUCCGUGGUCGGGUAGCCUCAGAGGCAACCCCCCUGAUGGCCAGACCGUGUGGGUGCGGAGACGACAGAGAAUCGGCUAA